AUGUUUGCUAAAGUUAGUGUACAGACAGCGACAGCCACUUACUUUUCCUUAUCCGUACUCCUGAUGACAGGAGCGCUGAUGGCUGCAGCUUAUCCGGACGGAUACGGCAAAUCGGCCCCAAUCCCUUACAGUUUCGAUUACAGCGUGAAAGGCGAUUACAAAGGCCCAACCUUUGAUCAGGACGAGAAAUCUGACGGGAAAGCAGUGAAGGGUUCCUACUCCGUUGCACUACCUGACGGCCGCAAGCAAACGGUCGAGUACACCGCUGACGACUACUCAGGCUUCGUGGCUAAAGUCAGCUACGAGGGAGAAGCUAAACAUCCAGCCAACUACGGCCCGUCCGUCACAUUCCAUCAAGACGAUGACUAUUAUUAG